AUGUCUGAAUUGCAGUUAGAUAUAUUGAGAAAGUUAGACCAAUUGGGUCAUCUAAACUCUACUUUAGAGGUUUUCCCCGACAUCGACCCACAAGUUGUCUUAUCAGGUUUAAACUCUUUAAAAGCACAUGGUAAGUUAGAAUAUACCAAACAUGAUACUAUCUAUUACACGUUGACUGAUGAGGCUAAUGAUAUUUUGCAUAAUGGGUCUCAUGAGGUGAAGUUAUUGCAUUUAGUGAACCAACUAGGGAAGCUUGAGAUCAAAGAUGUUGUGAGCCAUUUGGGUCCUAACGGUAAAGUUGGUCAAGCAAGGGCUUUCAAAAAUGGAUGGAUUAUUAAGACCAAAGAUAACGAGUUAACGGUUAGUGAAAAGGUCGGAGAUAUCAAUGAAGUACAAGAUGAAACCAGGGAAUUUUUGUUGAAGAUUGAUUCGAGGGAUCUUUCUGGUAUCAAUGAUAAAGUUUUGAACGAUCUCAAAAAACGGAAGCUAAUCACAGCUAAGAAGGAAGUUACUUUUAGUGUUACCAAAGGUGAUGAUUUCUCGCUUGAGUUGGCGAAGUUGGAAACUGAUUUGACUUCAGACAUGGUUCUAUCUGGUUCCUAUAAAGAUCUUAAGUUCAAACCGUACAAUUUCAACUCUAAAGGUUUAGAACCACAUUCAGGCGCUUUACAUCCUCUAAACAAGGUUAGGGAAGAAUUCAGACAGAUUUUUUUUUCUAUGGGGUUCACCGAAAUGCCUUCUAACCAAUAUGUUGAGACGGGGUUCUGGAACUUCGAUACUCUGUUUGUUCCACAACAGCAUCCUGCUCGUGACGUUCAGGAUACUUUUUAUUUGAAAGACCCGAUCAAAUCAGAUCUUCCUGAGGAUAAGGUGUACAUGGAUAACAUUAGAGCAGUUCAUGAACAAGGGAAAUAUAACUCUAUUGGUUAUAGAUAUACUUGGAAGCCAGAGGAAUCUCAAAAAUUGGUGCUCAGAACCCACACAACAGCUAUAUCUGCCGCUAUGUUACACAAGCUAGCAGAAAACCCAAAGCCUGCAAGAUAUUUCUCGAUCGAUCGUGUCUUCCGUAACGAAGCUGUCGAUGCUACUCACUUGGCAGAAUUCCAUCAAGUUGAAGGUGUUUUGGCAGACUAUAAUAUCACCUUGGGUGAUUUAAUCCAAUUUAUGGAAGACUUCUUUGCUAAAAUGGGGGUCACAGGCUUACGUUUCAAGCCAACUUACAAUCCAUACACCGAGCCAUCCAUGGAAGUAUACUCUUGGCAUGAAGGAUUGUCAAAAUGGGUUGAAAUUGGUAACUCAGGUAUGUUUAGACCUGAAAUGUUGGAAGCUAUGGGCUUGCCCAAGGAUUUGAGAGUUCUUGGAUGGGGUCUAUCUCUAGAACGCCCAACCAUGAUCAAAUACGGUGUUAAGAACAUUAGAGAGCUGUUAGGUCACAAAGUGGCUCUGGAUUUCAUCGCAAGUAAUCCAGCUGCUAGAUUGGAUGAAGAUUUGUAUGAAUAA